CCUUAUACUACUCUACUCCGAUACUACCAUACGAAUGCAGAUGCUGAAAUGUGACAAAAACAGCGUGAUGCAUACUCGGAUAAGACGACAAUCUACGGAAGUGAAACGACCAACAGUUGAGCACUCGCAACUGUUAUCACUACCAUCCGCUGGAAAUCACGACCAAUGGAUUGUGCACGUUGGACAGGAUACCAUUAUUCCUAAGAUUGUUUUCGAAACAUCCUGUAAGCGUAUUUAUCGUCACUGUGCCGAAACUGGCCGCAAAUUAAUGGCUUUUCAAGGACCACCCGGUCGACCAGGACCACAAGGUGUUCCUGGACCUCCCGGGAAAAAAGGUCAACAGGGUAAAGUUGGUCCAACUGGAUUGGUUGGUAAUAUCGGUGAGGAAGGAGAGCCAGGCAUUAAUGGUCGAUGUAACUGCUCAUUGCCGGAUCUGUAUUUGCAACAGAUGAUUGUAUCCGGUUCACCCAUUAUUCGGGACGAGGAACAAACUGCACCAGUACCGGUGCUUGUUAUGAAAGAGAUUGAGGUGACAAAGUUGAUACCUUUUAAAUUGACUACAACUUCAUGGCAUGUGAGAAAAACGGAUUUAUCGAAGAUGCCUAUUCUAUUCAAAUUAACAUCAGUAACGAAAAUUACAUCAAGAAUGUUGAAAAAACCGACAGCUGUUACUUCAUCGUCAAUAACUUUGCCAGAGGAUUAUGCAACAAUAAGAGGGGAUUUCAUUGGAGAUUCCACAACAAUUGAGCCAUAUGCUGGCCCGCCGACAUUUGGCUAUAACAAAAGAGUUUGCCUUCUGAAUGCUGUCGGUAUUCCGGUACUUCAUGCUGAAUCACAGUAUAGUGCGGUUGGAUCAUGGAUGCGCGAUAAUUUACCUUACAAUCAAGAAAUGGCGGAACGACGAUGGGUAACUGAUGAUUACGCUUCACCGGUGCUCUACGAAUAUGAAAAUGAAAGACAACUGAUGAAUAAAAAACAAAAAAUCAAAUAUUAUAUAGACUACUUGGCAUCUGGUACAGGUAAUAUCAUUUAUAAUGGUUCAUAUUACUAUCAUCGGCACAGCUCAAGUAUGCUAGUUAAGUAUGACUUAGAAUCAACUGAUGAGACGCAAAUGGAUUUGGGUGAUAUUUCACAUCUAGACUGUUCAAGAAAACCGGACCAUACUUUUGAGAAGUGCAAUGAAGCGGAACGUGACGUAUGGUUGUAUAACCGUCCUCAUAAUUACGUUGAUUAUUCUGCUGAUGAGAAUGGACUUUGGGCAGUUUAUGUACGAUCUGGCAUGCAACAUAUUACUGUCAGUAAAAUUGAACCAGAUAUGCAAGUAGUUCGAACAUGGGACAUUUAUGAAUUGAAUGCAACAAGUGUAGCUGAGACAUUCAUCAUGUGUGGAAUAUUGUAUGGAUUAAAAAGUGCCACAGAUCGAGACACUGUUGUCGAUUUUGCCUAUGACUUAUUUAAGAAUGAAACAAUCGAUAUAAACGUUAAGUGGUACAAUCCGUACGGUGGCUUGACCAUGUUGCAUUACAAUCCGGUUGAUGGACGUUUAUAUUUCUUCGAUUCAAAGCGAUUACUGAGUGUAAAUGUCCGCGUAGAAGGUCAAACGGAUCAAUUUAAAUUUUCGGAUUUUGACUAAUUAUUCUUUGUAUAUCAUAUAAGACACCAACUCAUAAUAUACCAAUUUCCCUCACUUUUGAAUUAGGGUUAUCGUCGAAUGUAUACUAAUAAUACCAGUGAUUAUUUUAUAGGG